AUGGGGUUGGAGACAAAGCCGGAGCCAAGAAAGACUCAGCAUGAACCCUUCGAUAACUUUCUGACAGACCUAAAAGUGAAAGCUCAGUCGUGCAAUUUUGGUCUGCUGAAGGACUCGAUGAUCAGAGAUCAGAUCGUCUUUGGAGUACGUGAUGGGAAGCUCAGAGAGAGACUGCUGAGAGAAGUUGAACUGAACCUGGAAACAGCGGUAAAGAUGUGUCGGGCGAGUGAACUGUCUCUGCAGCAAUUCGUUGUGCUCUGGAAUUACUCACCCGUGUUGUCUCUGUGCGCUGAAGAUCGGUUCCUGAAUCCCUGCGGCACAGAUUUUGCUCUGGCGUUCCCCUCGAGCCCACUGAGUGUUACCAAGCCGGACACCAAGACCCCCCCUUCCUGGAUUCACCCUGGUUCUUCCAGCUGCUCCUCUUGUCUGCCUCCGCUGUGGUGCUGCUCGGGCUCCCCGCCAGCGUUCCAUCUGCCAGCUCACCCGUCAUACCCUUUUGCGCUGACGUUCCGACCUCACCUGCUGCACAUAUUCUCCAUAAGUCUUUUCAAAAUUCCCCGCCGUCAGGACUGGGAUGGAGAGCUGUGUGAGAACGGCUCAUUUUACAUCGGGACCAGGGACCUCAUCUUAAAAGAAAAUACAACGCAGGGCAGAAAGGUGGCCUACUUUGAGAUGGAGCCAGAGCACAGCGUGGACAUAGAUGUGGAUAUUGACUGGCCGGUGGCCGAGGAGAGAGUUCUCAGGUUUGGCUACUUUGGUCGGGGAGUGUCUAUAAUGUUCUGCAGGGUUUCCAGAUGUUUGACCGAUGGAAAGGUGUUUCUGUCCCCGUCUGGACAGGACAUGGUGUCUUUUCACACUAGAGACACUACAGGCCUCAGGAUGCUGCAGAACGAUGGCGUUGAGGUGGUGCUGCUGACCUCCAGUGAGGACCUGGUGACCCAGUCAAUGGCUGACAAACUAAAGAAAAUGAUUGGCUGUGAGGUCAUGGAUGUGGGGGAGGAGCCACUGAAGGAUGUGCAGUCAGUCGUGGAGAAGAAGAGACUUGACUGGAAGGAUGUGGCCUACAUGGGGGAAGAAACGCAUUCUUUAAGUAAUGACCCAGCAGACGCCACCUGUCUGAACUUGGCGGGUCUGAGCGCAGCACCUGCAGACGCUCCGAAGGACGCAGCUGAUUCUGCCAAGUACACCUGCCGCCAUGCGGGAGGGAUGGGAGCCUUGAGGGAGUUUGCUGAACACGUACUCCUGCAGAAAGAAAAGGCGAAAACCCAGAUGAAGCAGGACAGGAUCGACCGUAAUAACUUCUAAAGCUUGGAAGGAGAGAUUUGGAAACAUGAAGUCAGACAAUACUGAUUCACGAA